UUCUUCCCUCUGUUGCUGUGCGGAGUUCAGUCCUGGCACAGCAGAAGCAUCAUGGAUGAGAUGCUAGCAACAGAUGCUGGGCUCCGGGAUUUGCAUUUGUAGGGUUUCUUUAAAACUGGUCUGCAGGAAAAAAGGAGGGAAAACCCCCCAACCCUAAAAGGAAGAACAACCAUCAUCCAUUACAAUAAAUCAAUCAUCAACUCAGCAGGCACGUACCUUCGCUGUUGGACUGGUAGCGCUUCUCAGACCCUGGUUCGUGGGGAGCCGCACAAACUUACGCACAGACAGACCUGGCUUUCUUAGCUAUGUCAAGCCAGGCAGCCAAGUGCGCAGAGGAUGGAGAGAAAAGGAGCCCCUUCUGUGAUGGGAGAGAAGAGAACCCGUUGGGAUCAAAUGCCAAGAGCAGCGAGGGAAGCGACAGAUAUAGGCAGGAGAUUGUCUGGAGGAAUGUCGUCCUAAUGACGCUGCUCCACAUCGGAGCCGUGUACUCCCUCUGCCUCAUCCCCAAGGCCCAGCUGCUCACUUUGAUCUGGGCUUAUUUGUGUUUCCUGAUGACAGCUCUGGGAGUGACCGCUGGCGCGCACCGAUUAUGGAGUCACAGGUCCUACAAAGCCAAGCUGCCUUUGAGGAUAUUCCUGGCUGCGGCUAACUCCAUGGCUUUUCAGAAUGACAUUUUCGAGUGGUGUCGAGACCACCGGGUGCACCACAAGUACUCGGAGACGGACGCUGACCCCCACAAUGCCUGUCGUGGCUUCUUCUUCUCCCACAUUGGCUGGCUCUUUGUCCGCAAGCAUCGUGAUGUCAUAGAAAAAGGCAGGAAGCUGGAUUUCACCGACCUGCUGGAUGACCCUGUGGUGCGGUUUCAAAGAAAGUACUAUAAGAGUUCCGUGGUGCUCAUGUGCUUUGUGAUCCCCACCCUGGUGCCCUGGUACAUCUGGGGGGAGAGUCUGUGGAAUUCCUACUUCCUUGCUUCUAUCCUUCGUUACACCGUCUCGCUGAAUGUCACCUGGCUGGUCAACAGCGCAGCUCACAUGUACGGCAAUCGUCCCUAUGACAAGUACAUCGGCCCCCGGCAGAAUCCAUUUGUCACUUUAGGAGCAAUUGGUGAAGGCUUCCACAAUUACCACCACACCUUUCCAUUUGAUUACUCGGCCAGUGAGCUUGGCUUGAAAUUCAACCCAACCACAUGGUUCAUUGACUUCAUGUUUUGGUUGGGAUUGGUUACUGACCGAAAACAAGCUCCAAAGGAGAUGAUCUUAGCCCGCAAAGAGAGGACUGGUGAUGGCAGUGCUUGAAAAUGUAAUAUUUCUGUAUAAAUCUAUGUUGUCGUGUGUGUGUGUAUGUGUAUGUGUGUGCAUUUUUUCUUUGGGAAGGUUUUUUUUUUUAAGAGUAAAAGGGAUCAAAUUAAUCUCUGGGAUAACUCCAGUGGUUUUAUGUCAGAGGUGAAUUUAGUCCUUUUUUCCCUAUUAGUUGUCUUAUGUCCAAAUUCCCAGACUAUUAAGUGUAAAAAAUAAUGGAUAUUAUUUAAUAUUAGCAUUAAACAUCUUAGAUCUUUGAUUUUAGUCAUUCUAGUUAGAAGUCCAAUGUACACUGUAAUACCUUUGCUCAUGUUAACCCUGGCAAGAUGGAGGAAAUAACUAUCCUUUCAAAGUGCAGUUCAGGUGAACACUUGUUUCAUUUUUACAAGUCAAGCAAACAUGCUUUGAGAGAGGUUUUUUUUGGGGGGGGGAGGAAGGGAAGUGGGAGGGGACAGGGAGAGGACUUGAUAAUGCUGAUAUAAAAACAAACCGAAAAGAAUGUGCUUUUUUAAAACAUAUACUGGAGAAAACCCAGUUUUAAAAAGGAUGUUUGUCUGGAAAUCUGUUUUCUUAUUUGUGUUUGCAAGACCCUUGUUCCACCGUCUUUGUUUAUAUGAAAUUCAUUUCUUGCAAAGCAGGCUUUUGUGUUAAAAGCUUACACACUAUACAAGCCAAAACACAAACUGAUGGCAUGCCUAGCUCAUUCAUUCAUUGUCACAUAAACCUUGUAACUCGUAAAUGUAUACUGCUGAACUAUGUCCUAACCCAAAAAAAGCUUUGAUUUUAAAUGUUUGGAGACCUAAUUUAUAUUCUAACAGGUCACAGCCACUGCUGCAUGCAUAUUUUAGCUACUUCUGCACAAUAGGCAUCUUCAUUUUUUUUCCAGCUUUCAUUAUCAGGUCUUUAAAACCUGGCCUUUAUCUAGAUUGCUGUUUUUUCCUAAUGUUACAACUGCAUGCAGCCUUUAUUGGUUUCACAGCAAAAUACAUUUUUAAACAGUACUGUAGCUUCUGGAUUUAACAGUUGCCUUGUAAAAGCAGCAUGCUGGAUUAAUGCGACCUACCGCCCUUUGUGUUAGAUGGUAGGCAGUGCAGGAGAAAGGCUUUAUGUUGGCUGCACUGGAGCACUUUUAAAGACAGAUUCUCUGAUUCUCAUUUACACUGUGGGCUUGUCUACACUUAAAAUGCUACAGCUGAACCACUUCAGUACAGACCCUACCUAUGCUCAUGGGAGGGGUCUCCCACUGGAGCAGGUAUUCCACCUCCCCAAGAGGCAGUAGCUAGCUUGGUGGAAGAAUUCUGUCAACCUAGAGCUCUUUAAACAGGGGUGGUUUUUAUGCUCUCAGGGGUGUGCAUUUUUCACACCUCUGACCAACAUAGUUCAAGCAAUCUAAUCGUCUAGUGUAGCCCAGACCUAAAAUUCCCUUCACCCUGCUCUGGCAGUGUGCACGUGCCCACUUUCACUGCAAAAGGAGCAGAGAGGGUUGGUCUUAGUAUAAAUGAGAAUCAUACCCAGUUAUUUUCAGAAAGGAUGUAGAAUUUGAAAACCAAACUCAGUUCUUUAGUUUGUUUAGGCUUUUUUGUUUGUUUGUUUUGUUUUAAAUGAUGCCAAUAUAAAAGAAAUGUCCUUACUAUGUACUUCAUCCAGGAAGUGUUUAACUGUGUUAAUUUGCCAUUAAUGACAUGUAAACUCUUGAGUGAUUUACAAUAAACAGCUGUGAAUUAGCUUG